AUGGAUGCCAUCAUUGCCGAGGAGGCGGUCGACACAAGGGACGUCCCGGGUUCAAGUGCAGAAAAGUUAAAUAAAGCCUCCCUCAACACAAUUGCCGACGCUUUUAGAACUUUGAUUCAAUGA